AUGGAGGUCUUUAUGAAUAGAGCAUGCAUUGAUGAAGACAACGAUGAUAUAAUGGCCAGAUUCCUUGGUGGGUUAAACACACAACUUGCUCAUCAAGUGGAUAGGCAAGCAUACUUUGAUAUGCAAGAAUUGUUACACCUUGGUGUGAAAAUCGAAGGGCAACUAGCUUGGGAGAAGAACUCCAAGAGGUAUGCUAUUCCUAAGUCUACAACUUUCAACACUUGGAAAAAGGAUGCAAAUAUUGAAAAGAUAGAUUUUAAGGUUAGAGGAAAGUAUGAGCUUGACAAAAAGAACAAAGUUGAGACCUCAAAGGGUAAAGAGAAAGUUGAGGAAUACAAGGAGGUUCGAGAAAGAAAUAGAGACAUCAAAUCUUAG